AUGUGGCUGCAUGGAAAAUGCAUUCUUUACCGGGAGGAUGACCUCUGAUGUCUCUUCAAGUAAUCCGCAUCUGCUAAAAGCGUCACAGAAAAGGUUAUUCACUACAAGAAAUGCAUCAGGUUUUCUAUAUUUGAUCUUAUUGUGGAAUACUUGAAAUAAAAUUACUUCAAGCUUUUUCUUCUGCUCACAGUGAAGAUGCCAUUUUUUUUUGCAGCUUCAGUGCAACCUGUGAUGGAAGGUGUUACAGGAGAUAAAUCAAAGAAAUGUCCCAUAAAUGGCGAUGAUAUACGUCAAUGUUUCCUUAAUUUCUACGCAUCAAGAGGUCACAAGAUACUCCCAAGUGCUUCGCUCGUACCGGAUGAUCCCACUGUUCUACUUACGAUUGCUGGGAUGCUUCCAUUCAAGCCUAUCUUUCUAGGAAAAGUAUAUGCUCUUUGGAAAUCGCUAUUUUAUCCUCAGGAGAAACACGCUAAGCAUCAUGCUCAGUUGCGUCUUUUGUGUGUUUGUUUGCCACACCUUGUGGAAGCUACAAUGUGCAUUCAGUUUUGACAUAAUUUUGGAACUUAACUGUAUAUAA